AGAUCAUUUCCCAUGCGAAUGUGUUGUCGGCAUCAAACGUAACGGGCAGUUUUUGAAAAAGCUUUUUAGAGUCAGUUUUUCUGCGUGUUUUUUGUAAUUUUUCCGUGUAAAAAAGCUGUGAAAAUCCAGAAAAAUGGAUAAUUAUUGUCAAGUGCAAGAGCAAGUUGAAGCCGAAAUUGCAAAAAUUACCCAUGAAAGUCUGUCCUCGCUAAAAUCUCUCUGGGAUGAAACGUUUGAAAAGGAGAUCUGCGAGGAGAAUGUCCGGAUUAUGGUCGAUCAUGUGAGAGCAUUUUAUGAUGAAAUAAUUGAGGAGACAAAGUCCAGGAAAGCCGUUAUUUUGAGUGACAUUCAGAAACUUCAUGAAGAGGCAUCUACAAUCCGACGUCUACUGCACGUGGACUUUGAACUGAGCCCCAAGAAGGGGCUACCUCUUCACAAUUUGCGUGCCCAUCUGGAUGAGAGCCUCAAAGCUCUACGGGGACAACUGAAGAGACGCAAGGAAGAAAUUACGGAGCUUCUUGUUGAACAAGAGAGUCUCUGUCAAGAACUCGGAGAAGAAUGUCGCGAUCUCGUGGAAGAUCCCCUUCCAACAGCGGAAGAUCUCGAGGAAUUCCGAAGGCAUCUUGGUACGCUCAAAGGCAUAAAGCAGGAGAGAAUCGCUCAAGUGUUGCAGCUUCGUAAGGAGAUAAAAUUGAAUCUAAUGACAUUGGAGAUCACCUUGACAUCAGAAUCAGAUCUUGCAUUGCUUACGGGUCAUAAAUUGCCCAUAAAGAAGAACAAUUUGCGUCAAUUGCAAGAGAUGAAGGAAGAAUUUGAUGGUCUGUGCCGAGAUCUGUCGUCGCACAUUGAAACAAUGCAGAAGAAGCUUGUCAUCCUCUGGGAUUACCUGGAAGUUGAUGAUGAGGUGAGACAAUACUUCUCCAAAUUCACCGAAAUUUGUCAGACAACGCACGAUAAGCUGAGGGCGGAACUGGAUAGAUGUGAGACAAUGAAAAAGCAAAACAUCAAGAAAAUCGUGGACAAAAUUCGGGAGGAAAUAGUCCACUGGUGGGACAAGACGCUCAAAUCAGACCUCGAAAUAUCGCGCUUCUCCAAUUUCACAUCAGAACUAUACACGGAGGAUCUUCUCUCGUUGCACGAAAUUGAGUUGGAGCGCUUGAAGAUUUUCUAUGCCAACAAUGAGCGUAUUUUUGAUCUCAUUGAGGAACGACGACUUCUCUGGGAGCAGAUGCUGGCUCUCGAGAAGAGCGCAUCGAAUCCGAAUCGUUUCAACAAUCGCGGAGGGCAAUUGCUGCGGGAGGAGAAGGAGCGUAAGAAAGUUGCUUCAAAAUUGCCCAAGAUUGAAGCUCAACUUGUUGAAUUGGUGCAAAAGUAUGAGGCGACCGAAGGGAAGAAGUUCAUGAUGCGUGGCCAAUUUGUCGAAGAUGUCAUUGCGAAUGAUCACGAGAAGAGGAAGCAGGAGAAGGAAAAGGUGAUGAGUGCUCGGAAAAUGGUGAAAGGCGCAACACCUCUUAUGGGAAAUUCACGCCUCCUGACACCAAUGCCUAAUCGUACAAACGCCACGGGGUACCUAUCCACGGUUAUAAGGCAAAAGGCAAAGACAACUGGCGCAAAACCCGCUCCUUCGGUGAAACGCAAAAUGGGACCACAUCCAGAGGAGUCCUUGGCCAAGAGGAGCAUUUUGAAGGAUCUUGCGAGUCCCAAUGUAUUUGUGAAACCCAGGACGGUCAAGAAGGUUACUAAACCACCUAAAAUCGUUGCAACAAUGCAUAUGGCGGGAAAACGUCGAAGCAGUGGCAGGCACAGGCGAUUGAGUGGAAGAAAUCGUUCCCGGGGUUCAAUACCCAAAAUCCGGGAGUCAAGUACAGAUUCAGACUCAACAUCCUACGAGUUCUUUGAGACCUAUUUAGAUGGGCGAUCACCUUGUCGAUCAUCAAUGAUGCUUAAGCCACCGGUGGAGAAUGACAAAUUGAAUCCUGAUACUCCUCACUGCUCAAAGUUGCCUCCGACAAGAACGCCAGCAUCUGGUGAUCAAAAAUCCAUUGUCUCUCGUGCAAACACUCCUUCUCCCAGCAAGAAGUUGUCAACAAAAAACCUUCCACUUAUUAUUUAAAGAAAAAUGAUGCAUAUUGAGAUAAUUAGCGACAGUAUUGUCCUCUUUUAAUUUACCCUCGACUAUUAUUUCGUUAUUGUAAUUUUUGAGUUAUACUCCCUCUCUCUAAUGAAAAGCAAUUUAAGGAUUAACAACAUUAGUUUUGAAUGCAAAAUAUUUUGACAUACCUACAAAAAAAACGAAGUAAUUUUUAGUGAAUUAACGAAUUAACUUUGUAAAUCUCAUUAAUAAAUUUACCAUUAAAUAUUUUUUAUUAGAA